AUGGCGCUCACAUCCCGCAUCCGCCUGGUCGGACCGCCCGCAGAGUCCCCGGAGGAUUUUCUCAUCAGCUCCCUAGGUGUCAUCUUCCCAGACGACGUCACCAAUCAGCACGGGGACGCUGACCACGGCAUUGAGUACGCCUCUCCGCACAUCCGCAGGCCGUUGCGCUUCGACCUUGCCGAGCCCAGUGCCGAUGACGACCGGAAGCUCUUCAGCCAUUACUUGUGGAACGCAAGUCUACAACUCGGCGAGUUUGUCGAGGCUGGUACCUUGGGCUUGGACACAGUGAAGAUGCAGCUAGGCCCGCCCGUGUCGCAUUUCGACGUCCGCGGUCUGACCACCAUCGAGCUCGGAGCCGGUACCGCGCUGCCGAGUAUCAUGUCCGCACUGCUGGGCGCCGAAAGAACCGCUGUAACCGACUACCCCGCCCCCGCCGUGCUCAAGACACUCCGCACCAAUACCGCUCGCAAUAUCAGCGCUGCCGUCUCCCCAACCGGCGCUCUCACUGCCGAAGAAGUCCUGGUUGAAGGGCAUUCGUGGGGCGAGCUUGACGACCCCUUCUCCGUCGCCAACAAGAAUGCAUUCGAUCGCGUAUUUGUUGCCGAUUGCCUGUGGAUGCCGUGGCAGCAUGCAAACCUACACAAGUCCAUCUCCUGGUUCCUGCGAGACAGUCCGGAAGCCCGCUGCUGGGUCGUGGCUGGUUUUCACACCGGAAGGCCCAAGAUGCGUGGUUUCUUCGAGGAGGCGGCCCUGGCCGAUGCUGGUUUGGAAAUCGAAAGCAUCUGGGAACGGGACUGCGACGGCGAGGAACGGGAGUGGGUAUGGGAUCGCGGCAUCGAAGAUGUCACCAUUCGAAAGCGCUGGCUGGUUAUUGGCGUCUUGAAGCGAGUGGUCAAGGGCGCCGCUGAUGUGUGA